AAACCUCGCCUCAGUAACGCCGUGGCCAGCAGUGUGGGGAGGUGUUGAAUCUCUCCCUGUCAGCUUAUAUGACUAGUGUCGUCUCAUUAAAGUACAAGGCGGUGCAGGCAAUUAGCGUAACUGACAGUGAUUCACGUUGCAUCUCAAACCUCCACGUAACGAGGAAACAACAGUGAGAGAACAAGGAAAGAGGUAACAUUGGUGGCAUUAAAAACAAGUGACUCUUAAGUUGCGCGUGGUGAAGUGAGGAUGCAGAAGGUGGAAGGAGGAAAUUGUUAGCAGCAGCAGCAGUGUAUAUCUUCCUACCGAGCAUGGUUGUGGUGUUGGGAGCCUAAGUUAACCAUGUGUGUGUCGUUGUUGGAGGAGGAGGAGUGGAACACUGUCGUCGUCUGCCUGGCCGUGGAGAGGUCAUCUUGGGGGUGGAGGCAUCAAAGAGGACGAGACGAAGCACUUGUGUGACAUUAGCGUUACACCACCCCCCUACACCCACGUUACCCACGCACGCCCAACCCACGUACGCCCAACCCACGUUACCCACGCCCGUCGCUUCUCUACUACCCACGCUCUCCCGCCCACAGCGCCUGCGAACGCCCAUACCAAGAGAAGAUAUACACCGUAUGAUCUUCCUUCUUACUGGAAAAAGAAAACCUCAGAGGAAAUCUACAAUACCUUGCUGGGACUUGUAUGUGUGUACGGACGACCUGGAUUGAUCACACUUGAUUCCUUAUUGAAAGUCACCUCAGUCUUUUAAAACUAAUUCUUCCUUAUUUCUCUGAAGACUACCCGGUUUGACCUUUUAUUGACCUGUGUUGAAAGGUCAUCUUGUGUAUGACCCCUUCCCACGUGUUUUGUCAUUUUAGUUUUGACCCUUUCUUUGUUAACGACCUGGAUUUAACGUGUUCCUAAGCGACAGACAGACAGACAGACAGACAGACAGAAACAGUCCAUUUUGUAGCGAGUAGUGUGUGUGAAUGGGUAGAGGUUGAUUCAGUCUUAUGUUAGUUUACCCUCUAAAUGAAAGUUACUUGAGCUUCGUUUUCUUUGACUCGACUGAACCCUUAGGACAAAUUUCUUAAGUUUUUGUUUGUUUGUGUCUUGUUUUGUGUAAGUGAACCCCUGAGCCGUGGAGAAUGUGAGGAUCAGAGGCUCUUUGUGAACCCUUGGUGAUGUGUUUGAACCUUUAGUGAUGUUUGAAUCCUUUCCAUCCAUACCCUGGACUAUCUUGAACUUUCCCUAACCAAUUGAACUUUGGAACUUACUCUUUCAUUCGUGUUCAGAACCUUUGUGCAGUGGAACCUUAAAAAAAAGAUCUCAAAGUAACCCAAAUGAACCACAGUGUUGCUUUUUGAACCCUUCCCCGAGUCAUUAUCAAAGUUGAACCUUACAGUGGGAAAUAUUUAUUCCGACAAGUUGAGUGAUACUGUCAGUAAUUAUGGCCAAGUUUACAGCAAAAACACGAAGGAGUUUUGGGGGUUCUGAAGAUCUCUAGUGAAGUGUGGUUGCGGUAACUGUGUCGUCUGCAGUGAAAUUGAAGAAAACGAACGCCACCUUUUUGAAGUGAUAUUGAACCCUUGUUUUAUUUGGAAGUGUGGUUGAACCUUUGUCACUUCUCGCUCACUUAAAGUAUUACAUGAAUCUCUCGUUGAAACCAAAAUAAAUAAAAGAGAUAUUGUGAUUUGAAAAGAAAACAAGAAAAAAAAUUUACUUUAACUAUAAACAUAAAUCGGGACCUGAAGCUCGUAAAUAUAGAAAAAAUAAUAAUAACGACGACAAUAGACUGACACUAGAGGAGAAAAAAAAAAUAUAUUUUUGUACAGUCGAGGUUAGGUAGAAAAAAAUAUACUUUAGUACUGGUGUAACAGAAGACUGUAGUAAAACAACAUUAAGUUGAUAUAGUGUUUAUUAAAGAAGAGUUUGUGAGGAGAAGGAUUAUACACCUGUUGAAACGGCAGGUGAACGGUAAUUAAGGCCCGGGAACAAAGGUGUGAGUUUGCGGAAGCAAGUGAGUGGGUUACCCGUGACAGGCCGCCACCACUACCCAGGCCGUCACCUCUCUCCGGGUCGUUGGUGGCCAGUUCGAUGUUGAGGCCCGGGCGCCGCGUGGGAGCCUGGUUAUCACAGAAGGAUUGGCUCUGGGUGUUCCUGAGGGGCAGCGUCAGCAGCGUCUCCCGCUACCAGUCGUGGGCGUGGGCGUGGAACGUGGGCGUUCUCCUCAUUCUCUCCACCGCCGCCCACCAUAAUUUCCCCAACGCUAACCCCACCACCACCACACCUUCCUCAUCCCCCCUUUCCUUUUCCUCGCCCUUCCUCUCCUCUGCCGACUAUCCUCCGUCCAGGGACGUGGGUGAGGCGCCACCCGCUCUAGAUCCGGCCGAGGGGUCCCAGGAGGACCCCGGUGAGAGGGGCGUAACCAUGACGGAGGUGCAGGUGUACAAGGUGAUGAUCGCCUCCGCCAUCCUGGUGUUCUGGUCCGUCUUCUGGGUGGUUCAUCUCAUAGGCAUCAUCUACGGGUACCGUCGGCUACACCAUCGUCGGGCGCUGAGUGUAGAGAGCGGUGACCAGGGCGUGAUGGGUGUGAGCAUCCUGAAGCCCCUGGUGGGUACCCCGAUGGAUCCCAACCUCAUGACCAACCUGGAGACCUUCUUCACCCUCAACUACCCGAAGUUUGAGUUGCUGUUCUGUGUGCAGGAGGAAGGUGACCCCAGCAUUAUGAUUGUGCAGCAGCUGAUGAAGAAACACCCACAUGUCGAUGCUUCCUGUUUCACGGGUGGUCUGGAAGUGGGCGUGAACCCCAAGAUCAACAACAUGCAGCCGGGGUACCAGGCAGCCAAGCACGAGCUGCUCAUGGUGUCCGACUCGAGCCUUCUCAUGAAGGAGGACACGCUCACCGACAUGGUCGCUCACAUGACUCCUGACGUCGGUAUCGUCCACCAGAUGCCCUUCACUUGUGACAGGAAGGGCUGGCCAGCUAUAUUGGAGAAGGUUUACUUUGGGACCGGCCACGCGAGAAUGUACCUGUUCCUGGGACUACUGGACGCUCUUGGCUUCGGUGUCAACUGCUGUACCGGCAUGUCCUGUUUAAUGAGAAAGAAGGUGCUGGAUGAAGCCGGAGGUAUCAGUGCUUUUGGCAUAUACUUGGCCGAAGAUUACUUCUUUGCCAAGUACAUUCAGGACCGAGGCUGGGGUAUUCGCAUAGCUUCACAGCCUGCCUGGCAAAAUGCUGGGACCUGUCGAGUCAAGAACUUUCUCUCCAGAUUAACAAGAUGGUGUAAAUUACGUAUAGCAAUGGUACCUCACACCUUAGUGUUGGAACCGGUCACAGAGUGUAUGGUCCUAGGACUGGUGGUGUCGUGGGCUGCGACCGUGUUGUUACAUGCAGACUACCUCACCUUCUUCCUGUUUCACACUCUUACAUGGUCUCUUGCUGAUUGGAUCAUGCUCAAUAUUGUGCAGAAUGGGCCUCCUCCUUUUAGCAAGUUUGAGUUUGUGAUUAGCUGGCUAUUUCGAGAAGUGAGUGCACUCUUCAUCUUCCUCCAUGCUGUGUGGAACCCAGUCAUCAGCUGGCGCACAGGAUCCUUCAAGCUCCGCUGGUGGGGUGUGGCAGAACCUGUCAACACUAGGGUCACUGUAAUGUGAGGUGUAAGUUAUGUAUGACUGUAAUCUUGGGAUGUUACAGCUAGGUGGUGGCUGUCGAAUGAAAUUACCUCGGUAAUUCGUAAUCGACUUCACAACUCGCAUGUGAUGUUCACUGGCAGUUUCCUGCUUGAAGCAACCUCGAGCUGAUAUGGUCUCGUACAGGUGUCUCCUUCAUCAUGAGAGGUUGUACAGAUGCCACACCUGUAUUUUAAGCUUGAACAAAGUCUAUAAUGAAUCUUAGCACUGUACUUUUGGUUGCAUGAAGGAUGGGGAAAAAAUUGCCUCAGAUUAUUGCCUGAUUUUACCAGGUAUGUGUAGUUGCCACUUCCAGACAAUGGAGGCAUAUAUCUCAUGUUGGUCCAUAUUGUGACACUAUGUAGCUAAUAUUUCACUUUCAAGUGUGCUGAUAUUUGGCAAUGGUGUAAAGUUAAGAUACAUUUGCCAUAGCGAAUGAAAGAGUAAUAAUGUAAGAGUUACUGUCAAAUAUUGAGUAAGAUGGAAGUACAGUAAAAUGAUCUUAAAGUCACCUUACCAGUAUCAUUUUACCAAGCCAUAGACAAAGAGUCUUAUUUCAGGGUGGAACAAAUGAUGGGUAAAUGGGUAUCAACCGAGUGUUUGUUACUUUGGGAUGAGUACACAAGAUGGGCAUUAAUUGACACGUUGAGUAUAGUUCAUUGUGCUUGUGCUUUCAGUAAAGUGAACCAAGGUGGCCAUUUGAUUUUAUGAUGAUUACACCAUAUAGGUGUUCCAUUUCAUGAUGUGUACACCCACUAAAAAAUUAUUUGGCACCCUUACGGUGUGAUACAAUAUGACACGGGUGCCGAAUAACUUUUUAGUGGGUGUAUACACUAUUUGGGUGAUGAGUUUACUGCUACAUGGAAUAUGUGUUUGGUUUAGUCAUUACACAUACUGGGCAGUUGUCACUUUUUAGUCCAUUGGCUAAUUAUGAAUUAUGAGGAGCACAUCACCUACAGGGAAAGCUGUAUGAUGGGCAAUGAGACUACCAGCACAGUUUGAAAUUUUAAGAAACUUCAUAAACAGAGCAUUGUUGCCUUUCAAAAUUUUAUGACUCAUUCAGUAAUGAACACAUUUGAGUAUUUUUUUUUGUAACGGUAUUUUGCUAAAUGUGGACAGUUUAUUAUAUUAUGUAGUUCAUUCUUGAGUCAGGUUGAAAAUUGGCUUAAUAAGUUUUAAUGAUCUGAACAGUACAGUAUUUUGUGAAAUUAUCCCUGAAUCUGUCCAUCCUGAUCCACCGCACAAUCAGUGUAGAGGGUGUUAAGUAAAACCCUUUUGUCAAUCACAGGAUAUCCUCUACAGUAACACAGGUAUAGGUACCACAUAUAACAUGAAAAAACACAGUAUGCUUCAUUACAUAUUCCGUCCCUAGUAUACAGGCUGCCAUAAGUGACCAUCUAGAAUUUAAUUGCAAGCUUUGUAUUAGAUCUGAAUUUGCCAUUGACUGGUUCACCUGAGAAUAAUGCCCCCUGAAAGUUUGACCAGCCCACCAGUGUUAUAAUGAAGUGGACAAAUGCAGAGAUUUGGCCUGCUGGUGGUCAGACUUGGUGUGUACAUAUAUAUUUAAGUGACAGCAGUGAAUAAUUCAUGGAAGAAUAAUUGGUAAUUAAUUUUUGUUUAAUGCAUAAAGAGUCGAUUCACAAGUAAGGAGAAUGACCGUCGAGAGAGAGUGUAUAUAAAGAAGCUUGGACAUUGAGGUGGCGAUUGGGAUAUUGUUUGUGCAAGUUUAUAAAAAAAAAAAAAAUUUUUGCAACACUUGAUUAAACCUGCUAGUAGAUAUUCACAAGUGUUUGUCAAUGAAGACUGACAAAACCACCCCGACCAAAGAUCAUCCCACAGCUUUCUUGGAACAAAUAUUGAUGUACUUGUAAUGUUUUAUUAUGUCUUCUUGAACUAGAGUGUGUGUGUGUGUGUGUGUUGUAAAUAGUAUACAGUAUGUAGUAAGGAAGUAAUGUUUUGGAAAAUAUUUGGAAAUCAAUUCUAGUUAAGUUCGUUUUAAUUUAUGCGAAAGAAAUAAAUUUGGCGAGUUCCAGAAAAUUAGUUAACUAUUCAGUUGGAGCCUGGCCAUCAUGGUGAUAUUGUCAGUGUGUGUCCCUGGCUAUAAUACCAUGGUAAUUUUGUGUGUGGCCAUGACUUAUGUACGAUGGUAAUGUGUGGUCAUGACUAAACAUUUUGUCUAUUACUUAAACUGCCUCGACUUAAAAGUUCCCCAUUAUGUGUUUGUCUCCCUCACCAUUCGCCACCUCUACUUGGAGUGCUUGAAAUAGUGCUUGUACUCUGUGCCUUUUACAUAUAUAUGUGGCAUUCACUUGUAUUUAAUUACAUUUUGUAUUAAUGUAGAAUGUAAUAAAAAGUAUCUUGUCAUUUAGCUUGAUAAGUAAAAGGAACCAAGGUUGUUGCUCAACUUAAUAUGUCUGUAAGUGUUUUGGUGUCCUUAUUGUUAUUCCAGACUAAAAUUUUACUGGUCUUGGAAUUUGUCAAAGGUAAUGCAAUACUGUAGUCGAAUAAAUUUGCUGGGAACUGUACAGUAAAUGAAGAUAAAUGGCUUCAUUUCUUAGACAGUGAUGUCUUUUGACUCUUACAUGAUUAGCAUUAUACAUGUAACACAAACUACAGAUAAUAUAUUGUAAUCAUUCUUAAGGUGUUAAAAUUAUCAUAAUGAUGUUGCUGGAGGCUGUGAGUGUAAAGAAGUCGUUCAUAGUGUCUUAAGUGCCUAGAAAUGACUUUCCUUGGCUUAAACCUGUACUAUGAUCCAAGUGUACUGGGAUAUGUGUACCUCCCCAGCACACCUGUGUUAUCUGUGCGUGUUCAAGUUCAUGGCUCAAAGUUGGCAGGACUUUAGUUCUAGGUGCAUAUAUACUGUACUAUUAAUGUCUCGACAUGCACAGGUUCUAAUAACAGUAUUGUGCCAACUUUAAACCAUUGUCAAGACACUGAAAAGUAUUUUUUUUAUUUUAGGAGGGUGUGGGUUUGGCCAUGGAAUGUGAAGAUACUUUUACUGAAAACUAGCAAAAUUGUCCAUCUCCUAAAAUCACCAUGGCAAUAUAUCGCUGGGAAAGAUUUUUGAUUCUUGACUGGACCACCCAAGGGGAUCCAUGUAGUGUAAAAUUUCAGGUCUCCAAUGGCUUCCAUUUUGGAACUAUGACUAGAACCCUGUUGUUAUUAUAGAUAAAUAAGAAGGGUUGUUAAUGGUAAUAAAUUAGAAUGAAAACACCAUAUGUGUGCACAGUAAUCAGUGAGACUAGAAAGAAUUCUCAUUGGGCUAUGUGCUUGUGUUGCAACAGUUGGUCAUUGGUUUGCGGGUACAGUAUUCCAUUGGAUUAUUGUUUGGAUAGGUGACUGGAGCCAGUCUUCAAUGCCUACUACUGACCUGAACCCUCAAAAUGUGAAAUUAAUUAGUUAUUCAUCCAAUUCUUCACAGAAGUAUCAACAUCAAAAUUUCAACUCGUAUGUAGGUAAUCUAUACAAUAUACUAAAAAAAAUCUAGUCCUCUAUAGGCCAAUGCAACCUGUGAUUUAAACAAUGCAAUAAAAAUGUGUCGGUUGAGCUGUGUGUUUAUGGUAUAUUGCAGAAUGAUUACAUGGGAAAUGUUGCCAUUACAGUACCCUGUUAUUUAUCCAGUACAUUAUUAUGUUCUCUGGUUAAUUUGCUUCAUCAUUUCAUGAAUUCUAAUUACAGUACUGCUUAGCUGAUGCAAGUCAUUUGUUGUACAGGAUUUAUAAUAAAAAAAAUGUCCUAA